AUGGCUUUAAUCUCGAUAUUCGUUCCAUUGGCAGCAGUAACACUGCUGAUCACGGCAAACAGCGUUGGUGGAGGUUCUUGUGACGUUUACAAACAACUCGAAAAGGAAGCCUCAUGUGGAGAAAAAGGUUAUCUUGUGGAAUAUGGGCUGAGGAAUUGCUUGAAGUUUAACUCGUCAGAGAUUCGUUCUCAGUUCACCGCAGCAGGUCGUAAAUUUCUCGACUGUACCACUGAUUGCUUAAUCGCACACCUUCAGGAUUUGUUCAGGAACAAUACUCCUUCCUGUCCGACAAUCCACGAUUCCGCAUUCGACAGUCACGUCACGUGCUAUCUUAAAUGUGAUUUUUGUAAAGUAUGUAAAACCGAGAAAUUCGCUUUGAUGAGAAGUUACGACACUUCCGAUUUCUUCUCCUUUGACGCUUUAUCGGCAGUGUUUAAGGUUAUGAAAGCUUGUGGACCUCUCGCAUGUUUUUUCUCCUUCUAA